AGCCCGUCUUCAGCGUGUGUGUCGGUGGUUGCGUUUCGUACUUUUAUAAGAAAACAUUAUUCUUCAUUGGAAUUUUGCGUAUUCUUAAAAUCUAGCACUAUAAUUCAUUUAAAAAGGUGUCAUACACCGUGAUAAUUGUCAAACGAGUUAGCUGUUAAAUAAAUUUCAAGCAGGACAAGAAGAAAACUAUGUCAAGUGCAGAAUCAUUAGCUAUAGUAGCAGAUGUAGUUCAAAUUCUCAGACAAUGGGAAGAGGAACAUUCAUCACCAACAUACGAUCCAGUUCCAAUACUUCAAAGACUGGCAGAAAUUAUAGAAUUAGAAACAGAAAAUUAUUUAAAAAUGGAUCCUGACCCAUUUGAUGAAAGACAUCCAUCACGCACAGAUCCAGAGUGUAAUUUUGGACAGCUUAUAAAUGAUUAUUUGAGAGACACUUAUUGGUCUCGUGCGGGUAUCACGGGUCGUGAUGUUAGAAAGUUGAAUAUUGCAGCCUGUCGUCUUAUGCUUGAUAUUCUUCCUGGCUUAGAAACUUCUGCAGUAUUUCAACCAGAUAUGGAAGGACUUAUUCAUCGACUUUUUUCUUGGGCAGAAAAAAGUGUGGAACCUCUGCAAAGUUAUGCAACUGGGCUUGUAGCUGCUGCAAUGGAGGUUCAGGAGAUUGCUACAGGAUUUAGAGAGCAAAAUGGAAAAAUGGUGCCUCUAAUGUUACAAAGGCUUCAUAAAUUACAAGAAAAGGCACAGGAAGACAGACAACUUGCAGUUAAUAAUAGACCAUUUGCACAUUUUGGUCAGGAUAGAAAUAGUGGAGGAGAUGGAGAAAAUAAAGGUGUGCCUGGAAAAAGAAAAGUGAGAGAAAAACGAAAAGAAAAUGGAAUUCUUAAAAGCCCUAACCAUAGUAACUAUUUUUCUGAAGAAGAUGAUGAUUGUGCUCAGUCCUCUGAAGAUUCUGCUCCUUUACCUAAAAAAAAGAAAAAUGAUACAGAAUGUGAAACUCCAGUAAAAAAUGAUACUAUGUAUCCAGAAAUAAUGUCUCCACCUUUGUCUGUACCAAAGAAUUCCAAUUCAAAUAAUCAACUAACAUCAUCUAAGGCACAAAGCACUCAUAAUAGAUCAUUGAAUGCAUCUUCAGCACAAUGUAAUUUGCAAAAAAAUUCCAUAUCUUCAAUGCAAAGUUCCACUACACCAUCUACAUUGUUAGAGGGUAAUUCCAAUUCUUCAUGGGCAGAAAUAGAAUCAUACGUUAUUGGAAAUGUACAAAUACAUCCUCCAACAUUGGCUACAAGACAAAUGCUAAUAUUGAGGUAUCUUACACCAAUGGGUGAAUAUCAAGAAUUCUUAGGUCAUGUAUUUGAACAAAAUGCUUUGGAACUUAUUCUCAAGUACAUCAAUGUUGGGGAAACCAAGGAUAGUCGAUUAGCUUUUGAAGCUUUGAAAUAUUUAGCUUCUCUUCUUUGUCAUAAAAAAUUUUCUAUCGAAUUUCUCAAUGUUGGAGGUUUACAAAAAUUGUUAGAUGUUCCAAGACCCAGUGUUGCAGCUACUGGAGUUUCCAUUUGUUUAUACUACUUAGCAUAUUGUGAAGAUGCAAUGGAAAGAGUAUGUCUACUGCCAAAACAUGUUAUUUCGGAUCUUGUUACUUAUGCAUUAUGGCUUCUAGAACGAAGUCACGAUUCUGGAAGGUGUCAUGCUACAAUGUUUUUUGGAUUUUCUUUUCCAUUUAAAGUAAUACUAGAAGAAUUUGAUGCACAGGAUGGACUUCGAAAGCUUUUUAAUGUGAUAUCCACAUUACCAAUCUUAAACAUAGAGGAAGAUCCAGGACUAAAUGAUGAUGAAGAAUGUGCUUCUAGACAAAUAGUUAGACAUGUUGCAGUAGCUUUAAAACGAUACAUGGAAGCCCAUUUACAUCUUAAAGCAGAACAAUUACAAAGAGCAGAAAAUGUUAGAGCAGAACGUGACACAUGGCAACCAUCAUUACCACCUUAUAAAGCCUGUAAGUUAAGCAGUGAAGAAGUUCAAGCAAAGGUGGAAAUUCUCCAAGAAUUAAUGUCUGUAAGGGCAGUGUGGCCACCAGUAGAAGAAUUAUAUCGUCUUGGAGGCAUAACACUUCUACUUCAGAUUAUUGCUCUUGCUAGGGAUUGGAAUUACAGUGGCAGAGUUCAUACAACUUCCAGUGCAGAAACGGUUCGCUCUUGCUUAGAUGUAAUAGCUAUUUGUUCUGUAGUGCCAAAAGUGAUGUUGUUACUUUGUGAAAGAGUAGAUAUGCCAGAUAUGUCAAUGACAAUGGCAAUUAACUUACUCUUAGCUGCAGCAGAAUGCGAAAUUAUUGUAGAUCCUGAUGUACAGAGGGCUGCAUUAAGAGCUGUAAUUAAUUGCGUAUGUGCUCCAAUAAAUAGGAUUGGUGGCAAUGUAGCAAGGUAUUCAGUAACAGGCUCUGCUAAGAAAAAGGCAAAUAAUAAUAGUGAAGAGUUAAUACAAAAAAUUUGGGGAAGUGUCAGAUCCAAUAAUGGAAUUAUGGUUUUAUUACAAUUGAUGAUGGUUAAAACUCCAAUCACAGAUGCAGAUAGUAUAAGAGCAUUAGCCUGUCGUGCCUUAGCAGGUUUGGCACGCAGUGAAAAAGUCAGACAAAUAAUUAGCAAGCUUCCAAUGUUCACUGAUGGACAAAUUCAGGCUCUCAUGAAAGAUCCAAUACUUCAAGAAAAAAGACAAGAACAUGUUACAUUUCAAAAAUAUGCUUUGGAGUUAAUGGAAAGAGUUUUUGGAAAAGCAAAACCUACUGGAGCAGAAUACGAAAUUUCUUUGGCUAGUUUACAUAGAGCAAAUGUAGUAGCACAGACAAGAAUACAAUACAAUGAACAACAAUUGAAUCAAUUAAUAUAUCAACAUUUAAUGUCAAAAGGUUUAACAGAAACUGCAUCAACACUUCAUAGGGAAGCAAAUUUAGAUUCUUCUGCAAUAAUGAAACCAAUAGCUACAUAUCAGCCAUUUACUUACCGUAAUCCUGCAACUAGUGGAACAAGAAAUGGAUUUUCUCCUGGUGCACCAGUAAAUUUGUAUAACACGAGCAGAUGUAAUCAAAGAGAAGUCACUUCCAGAAACAAUACCACCCCAACUUCAUCAUCUAGGUACAUAUCUCACUCAAAUCCAAGUUCAGGUUCAUCAUCAUUACCAUCUGGAAAUAAUAUACGUAUGAAACUUUCUGACUGCCUCAAUCAAAACACUGUUUCAAAUAGCACAAAUCAACCAAUUAAAUUACAAAUUAACCAAAAAAAAAAUCAGGCUGAUAAGCAACCUCUAGUCAAUCAAAUGAAUUAUCAGUCAACUACACAACCAAUGGUAUGUAGAUCAUUACAAAAACAAAUUUCGAGAGAUCCUGGUGGUGGUGGAGGACCUGGAGUAGCCACAUCAAAUCCAGCCACUAUAACAUUGGAUUCUAUUAUAACAGAAUAUUUAACUAAUCAACAUGCAUUAUGUAAAAAUCCUAUGGUUACUUGCCCACAAUUUAAUCUAUUUGAGCCACACAAGUGUCCAGAUCCUUGUACAAAGAAUUCAGUACCAACAAAUGUAACAGUAAGACUGGCCAGAAGAGCAUUAGGAAUGGAUGGUAGAAGAUUGGAUAGAAGGCUUAUUUAUAGCCGAUUUUGUCCUGUAAAAACCUUCCGGCCUACCGACGUUGGAGCUUUCACUUGUUGUAUCUUUUCGCCUUGUCAACAAUAUUUAAUGUUAGGUACUUAUGCAGGAGAUGUAAAAAUGUAUAAUGUACACACUGGAUUGGAGGAAGCAACAUAUCCAUGUCAUGAAUCUUAUGUUUAUCACAUGGAAUGUAAUCAACGUGGAAAUCUGUUAUUAACUUCUAAUCCAUGGAGAAGUCCGAUGUCUGCACUUUGGAGUAUAGGAACUUUCUUUGAUUUAAAAUUAUCUUUAGAGAAUGAAGAUUACGUUGAAUUUGGAAAACUUCAGGACAGAAUUAUUGCAACCCAAGGUGAAAUUGCAACGAUUUAUGAUAUAGCUACAGGACAAUUACUAACUAGCCUUACUCCUUCAAUUUCCAACCAAUAUACCAAAAAUCGUGCUACUUUCAGUAUGAAUGAUGAGUUAGUUUUAAAUGACGGAAUUCUGUGGGAUGUUAAUUCAGGGAAAGAAAUUCAUAAAUUUGAUAAAUUAAAUCAAACACUUAAUGGAGUUUUUCACCCUAAUGGUAUUGACAUAUCUACCUGUGAUGUUAAGAAAGGAGUUUACGGGCUGGCUUGUAAUAAAUUCGACACACAAAUAGCAAUAGUUGAAAACCAGAAUGAAUUUAACAAUAUGCAUGAGUCUUGUGUUAGGCUGUACGAUGUUGGCAGAAGAAGGGAUGAUGAAGAUGAAGCGGACGAAGAUGAUGAUGAGGAAGAUCUCGAUGCAAGUGAUGAUGAUGGUUCGAAUUCUGGUUCUGAUGAUAACAACGCUGAUGAUGCAGAUAAUCCAGACGCAGUAGCAGAAGAGAAUGGUGAUGAAAAUGAGCGAAACGAUCGUGAAAAUAAUGAUGAUGAUGACGAUGACGACGAUGAAGAUGCAGCUGACGGAGACGAUUCGGGAGACGAUAUGUUGACGGAUUACAGCAGAUCUCAUGAUUCUCCUGAUUUUUCACUUUCCGAUGUUGACGAUCUUGAAAUUCUUUUUCCAUAAAUAUCCUGAAUGCAGGAAUACAAGCGAAUUCUGAAAGUUCAUCUUUAACAGUUCCAAUGCAUCA